AUGCAGCUCCCAACCCUCACCCUCCUCACAGCCUUAGCAACCCUAGGAACAGCAACCACCGCCGACACCCUGAGACCCAGAAAUUGGGACCUCCGCCUCCUCAAACCAGGCUGUGAACCCAGCGGCUCCAACUUCGACAUCAGCGUCUACCAUGCGCAGGGCGUCUCCGAGCGAUCGUGUGUGGAUUUGGCCACCGUCCGGGGCCUGAAUCUGAGUAUUGUGGACACGGUCUCGUGGAAGAGUCCGUCCGAGCCGCAGUUCGAUCUCUGCAUGUAUGGCAGUGGAAGUUGUGACUCUGGGGAGUUGGUUGGGGAGAUUCGCGAUGGGUGGGGGGUUUGUGUUAAGUAUGAGGGAUGGAGGGGGUGGAGGGCUGUUGCGAAGGGAGAAGCGUGCGAUUGA